AUGUCGAAAAAACUAGUAAGGUCACCACAACAACAAAAUCAUCAACCAAUACUGUCGAUUCUACCACCUCUAUCACAAAUUCUUCAAACCAAACCACUACUAUCAUUAUCAUUACUGACACUCAAACAACAAGCAAUUUCACUACAAUAUCUGCUUCUCCCACCACUAACACCAUCAUCGUCAUCAACAACAUCAAUGCAACAACUACUACUACUCAUUCAACAAUAA